GUGGCCCACUCUUCCGAGUUACCAGUUACCACUUUCCUUCUUUUAAAGUUCCCCCCGUCUCUAUUUCGUCUCUGUAAUUCUCUCGUUCGCCGGCCUACCCAUCUUUCCCCCAACGCUCUCGCUUCCUCCUUUUGAGCCCAAACUCAAGGCGGGGAAAAUUCUCGAGGGAGAUCUGAUGUUCACGCUUGAGAAUAUCAACCAUAUACGAGAUCAUGAUUGCCCUUCAGCAUAAAGUAACUAUGCCGAGGGACUCUGAGGCAUCCAUACAAUGCCUCCAAAACAAGGGACUCCCUUUUAUUUUGCGUUGUGAUGUGAAUCCAACUGGCGGCUUUCCAGAGCGAAAGGAAGAAAUAAAUGCUCAUCUAGGCGGGGAUGUUACGAAAUCGGAGCACUUGCUAGGCAAUGACUCUCUUGAACCUCAUGCUGAAUAUGGCAAACCUACCAUGCAACAGGACUCUGGUUUGUGGUCAAAUUGCUGUUAUGAUCCUAGGAAGGUUCAGCAGUGCCCAUCAAAUUCUUUUGUGAGGCAAAUUUGUUAUUGCCCUUUGGAUAGCCGAUGCUCUGCAUUAAAUAUCUUUUCUCAAAGUCAGGGGUACCCCUAUGAAUUCCAGUUUCAGGAGUUCCAAUAUUUUGUGGUCAUAGACUUCGAGGCUACCUGUGAUAAGGUAAAGAACCCUCAUCCACAAGAGAUAAUUGAGUUUCCAUCUGUCAUAGUGAGCAGUUUGACUGGCCAACUAGAAGCUUGUUUUCAAACGUAUGUGCGACCAACUUGCAAUCAACUCCUCAGUGAUUUCUGCAAGGAUCUGACUGGCAUCCAGCAAGUUCAGGUUGAUAGAGGUGUUACUCUAAGUGAAGCUCUCCUUAGGCAUGAUAUAUGGCUUGAAAAGAAAGGAAUAAAGAACACCAAGUUUGCUGUUGUGACAUGGUCAGACUGGGAUUGUCAGGUAAUGUUGGAAUCUGAAUGCCGAUACAAGAAGAUUCAGAAGCAUCCUUAUUUCAAUAGAUGGAUCAAUUUGAAGGUCCCUUUCCGUGAGGUUUUUGGUGGUGUGAGGUGUAAUUUAAAAGAGGCAAUCCAACUUGCUGGGUUGUCAUGGCAGGGGCGGGCUCACUGUGGCCUUGAUGAUGCCAAAAACACUGCGCGGCUUCUCGCCCUUCUUAUGCAACGAGGCUUCAAAUUCUCCAUUACAAAUUCACUGAUGUGGGAGUCUACUGAUCAUUCCUUAUCAUGGAAGCACCCGUCCUUUCUCGCGCAUCACCAUCAUUGUAGGCUGAUCAAUCUGAAUAUUGGUCAAUUCCAGUCACAUCCUUGCUGUUUCUGUGGGGUUAAGAGCUGCAAAGGAAUAGUUUGGAAACCAGGCCCAAAGCAAGGAAGGAUCUUUUUUGUCUGUGGGAACUGGACUGUUGCUGGCGGUCCUUGCUGCCGUUACUUCCAAUGGGCUUCUCUCUGAUCUGAAAGCGUGCUCUCUUCUGUAAAAAAAUAUCAAGAAAAAAGAAUUUGGGUCUUCUGAAAUUUGAGCAAAUUUAGCAUUAGCUAAGCUGCUUGGUGAGAUUUUCUCCCUAAGAAAAAGUAAAUAUUGUAGUGGAUAGUUUGUGCGGCAGUGGCAGAGGCAGAGGCGUCAAUAACGUAGGCUGCUGAGGAGAUGAGGUUGAACCUGUAGGACUAACUCUAUUUGUUGGCAGUGGAGUAGAGGGAACUAUUUGGGCAUGUUAGGUGGAAUGGUACACUCAAUGUUCCUGCAUGCUUAUUAAUAAAUAACACAGAUGGACUGCUUUUUCUUUCAUCUGUUUUUCUCUUUGUUUAA